AUGGCCGACGACGACAAGGAAGAAAAGGACAUCCUGGACUCGCUAGAGCGCGAGGCAUCUGAUUUUGCCAAGGUAUGUCUUCGCCAGGUGAUUUGUCCAUGGCACCAGUCUGACACUUGCCUCCAGGACGCCGAGAUCGACCGCAUCCGCCAGGCAUUCUCUCUCGAUGCCUACGCAGUCCUCGAUCUCCAGCCCGGCGUCCCGGACUCCGACAUCAAACUACAAUACCGCAAGAAGUCCCUGCUGAUCCACCCGGACAAGACCAAAAAUCCCGCGGCGCCCGACGCAUUCGACCGGCUGAAGAAGGCCCAGACGGCAUUACUUGAUGAAAAACAACGCGCAUACCUUGACGAAUGCAUCUCCGACGCACGGCGGCUCCUGAUCCGAGAACAUAAGUACACAGUUGACUCGCCGGAGCUGCAGACCGGCGAGUUCAAGAAGGAAUGGCGGCAGAAGACGGUGCACGUGCUCCUUGAAGAAGAGGCGCGGCGGCGCAGACAGGCCAAGGCACGCAUGCAGGAAGAAGGACGGGAGAAGCGCAAGGAAGACGAGGAACUAGAUGCGCGGAAACGGAAGCGCGACCAGGACAAGGCCUGGGAGGAUACCCGCGAAGAGCGCAUUGGCAGCUGGCGGGAUUGGCAGAAUGGAAAGAAGACAGGCGAGAAGAAGAAGAAAAAGAUGAAAGUGCUGGGAUAG